AUGGAGGCCGAUCCAAUUACUGAUUGGAAAUUAAAUACAACAAGAAAUAUUAUUAAUCUUGUCAUUGUUGGGAGGACUGGUAACGGUAAGAGUGCUACUGGAAAUAGCAUUCUUGGAAGGGAAGCCUUCGAUUCCGAGUACAGCUUAUCGGCAGUUACUUGUUCUUCUGAGCUUAAAAAACUUAUGCAUAAAGGAGGUCGUACUGUCAACAUUAUAGACACUCCAGGCUUGUUCAAUUUUUCUACUAGUGCUGAGGAAAUAUGUGGGGAGAUAGUCAAAUGCAUUAGUUUAGCCAAAGAUGGUAUUCAUGCAGUGCUCAUGAACAUCAUUCAAAUGUGCAAGAAUAGAAUAAUCGUUUUUGAUAAUACCAACAAGGAUAUGAUCAAGAGAGAAGAACAACUAAAUGAGCUACUCUCGCUUGUUGAGUUUAUUAUUGUGGACAAUGGUGGAAAACCAUACUCAAAAAAGACCUUUGCAGAACACAAGGAAAGAGUUUUACUUCGACACCAAAAUGUUAAAGAAGUUGAAUCAAAAGAAGGAUGCUCAAAAGAUGAGUUAUCUGAACAUAUAAAAGGGAAGCGUGCAUAUGAUGAUCAACAGAAGGGUGUAACUGAGAUAGUAAAAGAAAUGGUAGAAUUCUGUACAGGUGGGUUUUGGGAUCAGCUGGCAAAAGAGCAAGCUGCACAGCUGGAGGCUGAAGAACGAGCUGCUCGAUUGGAAGAAGAAAGGAUUGUUCAGGAAUCACUGCAGGAUGAGGAGAUUCAGAAGCGCGAUGAGGAGAUUCAGAAGCGCGAUGAGAAGAUUCAAAAGCUCACUGAUGAUCUAAAUGCUAAAGAACGAGCUGUUGAGUUGGAAGCUAAAGAGCGAGCUGCUCAGUUGGAAGCUGAAGAGCGAGCUGCUCAGUUGGAGGCUGAAAGGCUUGGCCGAUUAUCACUGAAGGAUGAGAAGAUUCGGAAGCUCAAAGAGGAACUCAAUGAUAUUACGAAGAAAAUUGAGGAGUUUAAGAAGCGUAAUGCUAAAGGCAAAAAGUGUUUUUUCCUAUGA